AUGUCAAAUUCAGGCUGUAAGCUGUAUGGAUGUCUGUUCUGUCACUUUUAUUUACCAUGUCAUAAAUUUAAUAAGUGAAUUUACAGAAUUUAAUAUAUCUAAGUCAAUGUUAAUUGCUUCGCAAAUAUAAUUAAUUGUUACCACUCCAUAAGACAAAGAUGGUAUGGAGGACAACUCGACAACUUGUAAGAAGCCAACAUGGCAAAACUGUGUUCACUGUCCUCGACUACUUUUCACUUCUGCCACGGAAUUUGAAAGGCACAUACAAGAUAAGCACAGCAUCAAAGAGGGAUCUAUCAUACUGUGUCAGUAUGGGCAAAAUGGUAUGUGUUCCUCUCUGCAGUUUGGUGAUUUACGGAAAGCAGGCUUUAAAUACCACGUAAGGGAGUACCACUUGUACAUAAAGGAUUCUAAUGACGACUGGACCUUCUAUUCUUCCUCACAAAAUCUUCCAGCAGUAUUAAAUGAUCCUAACAGAGGUAAACAAAGCAAUUUUUUUACUAAGACGUGGGGCGACAGUUUUGUUGAAAAGGUUGAUAUAUAUCCUAGUCCAUAUUUACCUGAAAUCACAUUAGCACAUUUCGAAUCAUAUUGCAAACGAGUUGCUAAAAAAUAUCGUCGUCAUUGCAGACUGAAAGAAAGUGUUCCAGUUAAAAAUAAAACUCCUGUGGUAGAAAAUGUUUGUGAGGUGCCUAAUAUAUUCUAUGAACAAUCAUUACCAUUAAAUAAUCCAGAAGUAUUUAGCCAAGUAUUUCCUAGUCUAUGUAAUUCUGAAGAACCUAGUAUUGCAAUUAGAUCUCUUCAGGAAACACUAAGUACAUACCUAGACGUUAUUGAAAUGAAAAUCUCUAAACAAGUAGCUCAAAAAUCAGAUGCAUUUUUUCAUGCUAUGUUGUCUCACGACACCAUAAUGGAGCAGAUGGCUAGAGCUGUGAAUACUGUAAGGAAAACCAGACAGAACAUAACCCAUGUUAAAGGUAAUUUAACUGAAUGUCCUCUGAAAUUAGCCAGUUUGACAAGAAUUAAUCACAAUUUGAACGAUGUCCACGAUCUUUUAAAGUUGAUGGGGACUGUACAGCAAACGCAACCAAUGAUACAACUUCUAUUGAGCACCUCUGAUUAUGUAGCAGCCUUGGACUUGAUUAGCUCCACCCAGAAGGUAUUAUCAACACGCUUGUCAGGAAUACAAGCAUUUCGUCAUUUAUCCCCCCAACUGACUGAAAUGAAGAGAUUGAUACACAAGAUGUUAAGCAAUGAAUUUUUAAGGUUCAUUGUCACAGACCUCAAUAGAACCCCGAAAGAUGAAACAGAAAUACCAGAAAGAGAAAAAAUUGUAUCAAUAGUUUCUGGAAUCCUUCGCCUUAAGGAAUUAGAUUUUAUUGAUACUUUCAAAAUAGAAGCAAUGACAUCUAUUCAAGCUACAAUCAAACAAUCCGUUAUAGAAAUAAUUUCUGAAAGAGAUGGGAACACAGAAAUUGUUUUAAGAGGAUCUAAUGCAGACAACAUGUGGCUGCUGUGUAAUGAAGGGAUAACAUUUCUGCAAAAAGUUACUCCAAAUUUAAUCAUUUUAUUCAAAAGAAUAUUGUCCUUACACAACCUGAUAUUAGAAAUUACUCAAAUGGAUGAUGUUACUGGCAAUGAUAGUGAAGAUGUGUGGUCAUCUGAGGAACUAGUUGCUGUGGAAGAAAAGUUAAAAAAAAUGAUAGGAUCCCUCUCUGACUAUUGCAAUGAAAGAUGUGCUAAUCUUAUAGUAACUAAAACUGACAAAGACUAUGUUUUUUCUGAUAUGUCUCAAUUAUCAACCUUGUCUAAACUCAUCGAAAACUUCUGUGAUGAAUGUGAAGAAAUCACUGGACAUUGUAGUAAUGCAAUGAAGCUAGCUCUAAGAAGCUAUGCUAUGAAGUAUAUACAAUGUUUACAUGCUGAAAGAAGAACUCAAUUGACUUCUGCUCUAAAUACAGAGAGAUGGAAAGCUGCAGAUGUACCUUGUGAGCUACAGAGUGCAAUAAAUAUUAUUUAUGAAUCAGGCGAAAUACCAAGUGCUGUACAAUAUGACAGUGGCAAACCCGAUGGAAAAUAUUUAUUAAUUAAUAAGGAAAGUUAUGCUGUUGUAGCAACAGUACAACUAUUAAUAAAAAUAUUGUUGGAAUAUUGUGAUGCAACUAAACAAUCUCCUGUCAUUGUUCAGUAUUUGGUUCAUUGCAUGUUGGAAUUGAUCCGGUUAUUCAAUUCUCGGUGCUGCCAAUUAGUCUUAGGUGCUGGAGCAAUACAGAGUGCUGGCUUAAAAACUAUUUCUACAUCAAACCUUGCUUUGGUUUCUAGAUCCCUACAGGUUGUCAUGUGGUUUUUACCUAAGAUAAGAGGGUUGCUUGAGAAACAGCACUCUAAAGAUUUGUCACUUAAUGGUUUUAGUAAUAUAGAGAGUGAUAUAGUAAGCCAUAAGCAAGAAAUAGAGAAUAAGAUUUGUCUCAUAGUAAGUAAUAUGCUUGCAUCUCAACUGAACGGGUGGGAUGCUAAACCACCAGUUCCAUCUCAAACAUUCCGAAAUAUUUCUAAACAUUUAGUUAAAUUACAUGAAGCACUUAUUGAUAUAUUUCCCAAUGAACAGAUAAGAGCCGUUUAUAAAAGAGUACAUGAUAAUUUCAAAGACAAGCUUAGAGAACAAUUAGUGAAAAUGAAUAUUGUAGCAAAUGGAAGCCCUCAGCAUGGUGUGGUCACUUCUGAAUUAACUUUCUACUUACAAACCCUCAAAACAUUACGGGUCAUAAAUGACAAUGACGCAGAGGACAAUAUAUUGUAUGAUAUUUGGUUAAAUUAAGUUUAUAUGAGAGAAAAAGUAUUCUAUAGCCAUUUACGUUAAAAAAGUACUUUAUCAUUUCAAACAACAUUUAUACCUAGUUAAAAAAUUAAUGAUGUUUGUAACUCUGGAACAAAAUAAACUUGGUAAAGGCCAAAGAAAACUUUGUAAAACCUAAUACUUACUUACUAAUAUGAUUAAUGGAAUUGAUGUAUUUAUGUAUUGUGUAAAUAAACAUAUAAGUUUAAAUGAUAAAUGUACUUAUUAGAUUCUUAUUAUUUAAAGUAUAGUUUAAACAGAACAUCCCUAAAAAUUGAAGUAUCGAAAACCCUUUAACUGGCUGAUUGUUUGUAAAGAAAAUUGUAGGUGGAUGCUGUAUAUAUAUAUUUCAGUUGUUAAUAAAAAAACAAUCACAUGUUGCACUUGCUUAACUUAAUUUUUUCAUAAUUGUAUUAUUGCCUUAUACCGGGCAGGAUUCCUGACUCCCUGCUAUACCUGAGAAUUUUUAAAAAAUUACCCGUGAAUCGAACCCGAGACCACUUGUCCGGCAGUCGCGCUUGCGACCACUCG